AUGCAGAUCCAAGCAACGCCCGAGAAAGGCGAGCGUCAGAAAUCCCGCAGAAAUUCGCUGAAUCGCCGCAUAUUAAUUGAGCGUCGGGGUCGAUUAGGCUGGCUGGCGUGCCCCACCGCCGUCCGUCCAUGCCUUAUAUAUGUGCAUAUCCGUGUUUUUCUGGUGGUGGUGUCCCCCGGAAACCGGGUUGUUAGCGGCGCGCGCUUCGCCUUCAAAUCGCCGCUCCAGCUGGACAUUCAACACGCACUUAUUCAGGCACACACCUGCAUGCACGAUGCGUCGUCGAACGAAUUAAAGAAAAGCCAAAAAAAGGUGCGUCAAGGCCGGGGACGCUUUCCCAGGCCUGCACAACUGUCCGUCCGUCCAUCUGCCGCCAUGGGCUUGAAAUUCUAG